ACGCACAGCAGGAACGCGUAAUCAAAACAGAAGCGGAACAGCAGCCGGACCUUCGGCCCUCACACACACACACACACACACACGGGGGAUUAUUUAUCUCGUGCUGCAAGUGGGUUCGGGUAACAUCUGCACAGAGGUUUCUGUAUAUACUCAGAUGUAACUGGUACAAACUGUUGUGUAACUGAUUUGUAAGCCUUGAUCACUGAUGGCAGAAGGAGGGUUUGACCCCUGUGAAUGCAUCUGCUCGCAUGAGCAUGCCAUGAGGAGACUCAUCAACAUUCUGAGGCAAUCGCAGUCGUAUUGCACAGACACAGAGUGCCUUCAGGAAUUGCCAGGACCCGGUUCUCCAACAGGGGGCGAUCUGACACUGCCCAUGAUUAUAAUGGGAUGGAUGGUGCUGGCACUGGUACUCUUCCUGCUUCGCCCUACCAGCAUGCGAGGACCCAGAACUUCCAACAAACCCACUAGUCCCUUUACUAAUAAUGGCAGAGAACCUCCAGCACCUCCGGUAGACUAGCGACAAACCAGCGCUCCCGGCUUCGCAUUAUGACCAAGACCUUUCACCUAUGACCGGAACUUUAGACCCGCCUUGUCUUCCAUCUGAACGGCUGCUCUUACUCUUCUGCCAGUUAUGAUUUGAUUACAUUUUCAUUUUGCGUAAUAAUCUAGGAGGUAUUAACAUGAUGUGAUUAAUGAAAUACAAAUAAUUAAGACAAAGUCUUUUUAAAAACAACUAAUCUCUAUCUUUUUCCAAAAAAAUUAUGACGCUACAAUGUCUGUGUUAAGCAAUUUGUAGAAAUGGUUUAAGACGCCAUGACUAAUCGUAGACUGUAUGAUUCACAGUAAGGUUGCCUGUUAUAGAUGGGGGUGUAUUUUCAGGGUGGAGGUUGUAUCGCUUUCUGCAAAAGUUGUGUCAUUUUUGGUCCCUUCUGAUCUCAUUCAUGAGGUCAGAGCACGGGGAGUGGCAGUGGUGCAAUAUGAUUCUUGUACUCUUAACACACCAGUCAGUGCACAUUUUUCCUUUAUUUUAAUUCUUGUGGUAACAAGCGUAACAAGAACGCUGAGUAAAUGGUGUGUGGGUGUGGUAGGAGUUAGGAUACAGGCAGAGAUGUGGACUGUAGGGACGAAUUACUUAGGACCAGGUACAGAAAAAAUAAAUUUAUGUAAAUCUGACUAUGGGGGCAGUUUGUCUCACGGUCAAGGUUUGUUGUGGCAUUAAUCCCAAAGUUUCAAAUGUAUGUUUAAGAUGCCGCCUUUUGAUUGUCCAUCAACUUACACAUUUUAUUGGUACUCAACCUAACCAUAGCUUUAAGUUGCAUACAAAUGUGUUGUUUCAUUUGGUUGUGAUGUGAUCAACUUACUGCUAAAUAGCUAAUGAUUAAAAACAAUUACUAAAACUGAAUAUUUGGCAAACUACAACAGUUCAGGGUUCAUAGUACAUUUUACUGCUAUAAUCUUUUCACUUAUUAACGUCUAAGGACCUUCGACUGUGUUCUAAAAGUCUGUAGCAUAAAGACUGUAGCUAACAUGAUGAUUGUCUAUUAACCAUUUAAAGAUUUGCUAUUAGGCUAAUUGGCGUUCCCAAAUUGCCCAUAGUGUGCGAACGAGUGUGAGUGUAUAUGUGUGUGCCCUGCGAUGGUUUGGCACCCUAUCCAGGGUGUACCCUGCCUUGUGCCCUAAGACUCCUGGGAUAGGCUCCAGGUCCCCGUGACCCUGAAAACAGGAUAAAGCGGUUUAUAAGAUGAUUGAGUGAGAGUGACACUGUCUCUGUGUUGUAAUAUGGUUACAUAUAAUCCUGUUUCACAUGUUUCUGAGGCACAUAGUUUCUCGAUCAUUUAUCAAAUAUGUAUAUUUCUGAAAAUGAUCCUGAAUUAGUACUUUCAUAUUUUAAGUUAAGUAUAACUUGCUCUAAGAGAAAGGGCUCCAACUAUGCACUUUUGGUUACUGAUGAUUGACAGUUAAAUAAAAUCUGUAUGAUAUA